AGAUUGCCAACCGUCCACCUCUCUCUCUCUCUCUCCCACGCCACGCCACGCCACGCUUCUCCUCCUCCAGAUCCGGUUCGCCUCGCCGGCGAUGGCCGAAGAUCCGGCGGGGUCCCGCCGCUGGCGGUGCGACGCCGGCGACGAGCACGGCUGUUGGCUCUCCUCCUCCGCCGGCGGCGGCGGCGACGACCACUUCGACCGCCUCCCCGACCCGCUCCUGCUCGUCAUCUUCAACCGCAUCGGCGACGUCAAGGCGCUCGGCCGCUGCUCCCUCGUCUCCCGCCGCUUCCACGACCUCGUCCCCCUCGUCGACUCCGUGCUCGUCCGCGUCGACUGCGUCAUCCCCGACGACCCCGCGUCCUCGUCGUCGUCGUCGUCCUCGCCGUCCGCCGCGCCAUCCUCCCCUACGGCGUCCGCGCGCGCGCGCACCGUCUUCUCCCAGAUCGCGCGCAUCGUGCUCGGCGGCAUCGUCAAGCCCAUCCAGGCGCUCGGCCAGAUACUCUCCCCCGCCAACUCCGCCUCCGUCCUCGCAGCAUCCGUCACCUCCUCCCCCUCCUCCUCCUCCUCCUCGUCCUCCUCUUCGCCGCCGCUUCCCGGUGACGUGUCGCACCACUCGCCAUCGGAGGUGCUCCGCUCCUUCAAGGAGCUACGCCGCCUGCGGAUCGAGCUCCCCGCCGGCGAGCUCAGCAUGGAAGAAGGCGUGCUGCUCAAGUGGAAGGCGGACUUCGGGUCCACGCUCGGCAGCUGCGUCAUCCUCGGCGCCUCCUCCGCCGGCAAGGACGGCGGCGCGGGAGCAGCUCCCGCUGUUGACUGUGGCGAGUCCGACGAGACAGGGAGUAUUCCGGAGUCGUUCUACACGAAUGGGGGGCUGAAGCUGCGGGUGGUGUGGACAAUCAGCUCGCUGAUUGCUGCGUCUGCGCGGCAUUACUUGCUGCAGCCGAUCAUUGCCGACCACACGACGCUGGAGAGCCUGGACCUGACAGACGCCGAUGGGCAGGGAGUGCUCACCAUGGACAAGUGGCAGCUGCAAGAACUGCGGGUGAAGCCGGUAUCGGCAUCUGGGGGCUCACACAGGACGCUGAUGCCAGCGCUUAGCAUGCGGCUGUGGUACGCGCCUCACAUUGAGCUGCCCGGGGGUUUGGUGCUGAAUGGAGCAACAUUGGUAGCCAUUAAACCAACCGAGGAGGCAACAAGGGACACGGUUGGGAGUGGGAUUGCUGGGUCUGCAGGUGGAUGCUGGGUUUCAGAUGCCUUUGAGGAGCCGUAUCGGACAGCCGUGGGGAUGCUCCUGAAGCGGAGGACAUAUAGCCUUGAGAUGAACUCGUUCUAAGCUGAUGGCAAUUUGGAAGUUCUAUCCGUGAGGAUGUUAAUUUAUUGCAAGUUGCAACUCAAAGUACUACGCGGCAUAAGAAAUGGAGUAGAAGUUCACUGGCUGCCUGUUUUACUCCGGCACACGCCCUACCCAGACAUGCUGCAAGUUCUUAUUUAACGCACUACUUGUCUUGAGCAUCUGUCAGCAAGGACCUGAACGGAGGCUAUACAACCGAUGAUGACGAGAAGCCGAACAUGCAUCCUAGUUUGUUGGAAUUGCUGGGCUACUCAAUGUUGAGCUUGUUGUUUGCCUCUUUGAGGAAGCCCGUACCUCUCCCAGACGUUGGUAGCACGGAUAAUUUGUGCCAUGCCAAGCUGUUAAGUGCUAAUCCUAAUUUAUCUUCCAGUACUCAGGAGUCCUGUACCGUACUUUUUGCAGAAAAAGUUUGUAGUAGUACAUGCGAGGUUACUCUGUUUCUGUACAUCAAUAUUCAAGGGCACAACUAGCAGAAUCUUGUGUAAUUGAGCACUGACGUACGUAGCAUUAUCAAUUAUGCAGUGAAUCCAAGUGCUUACGCAUGCAUGUGUUUUU